UUCACGUGACAUCACAACCAAAAAUAGCAUCGUUUCUCACCGAAAUGGAGUAAGAUACAUCACAAGUCAUGGCUGCGUCGCCUGGUUGUAAAGUUCGAGUGCUGUAUGAUUUUGAAGGUGAUUGUCCUUCUGGGGAACUUGUUGUCUGCACGGAUGAAAUCUUGACCGUCACUAGAACGGACGUCGGCGAAGGCUGGUGGGAAGGGAUUAGCCCCAACGGCUCAAGAGGCCUGUUUCCUCAAGCUUACGUUGAGCUUAUAGACUAUUCACCUCCACAGUCAAGCAAUUUUCGACCACUGCCCUCGGGACCUAUGCCUAACCAGGGCUCGUUUGACACAGCGGAUGGGUGGGAUGAUGACUGGGAUGAUGAUGAGACUGUAAGUAACUACAGUGGAGGGGAUCAGGAAUCAACCAUUUCAUCCUUACCCAGGCGAGAGACCAACUCAGGAAUGGUGAGAACAGGCACCGUACGUAAGAGCAUGAACAGGUUUUCUCAUUUUGUGAAGUCUGGUGGAGAAGCUUAUAUUAUUGGUGCAUCACAGGGAGAUGUUAAAAUUCCUCACAAUGAAAGAGUAGCAAUCAGGGAAGAUGGAAAUAGAAUUGCUUGGGAUAGGAGCCCUGACCCAUUUACUUGUGUGAUAAAUGCUCCAGAGAAGAAGAGUAAAUUUAAAGGAAUGAAGAGUUUUAUUGCUUACAAUUUAACGCCCAGUAAUACUGGAAUUGUUGUCAGCAGAAGAUACAAACAUUUUGAUUGGUUGUUUGAUCGUUUUGUCGAGAAGUUUACAUGUAUAUCAGUUCCACCAUUACCAGACAAACAAAUUACAGGGAGAUUUGGUGACGAGUUUGUGGAGAAAAGGAAAGAAAAACUGCAACUAUGGAUAAACAGAAUAUGUCUGCAUCCUGUAUUGUCUCAGAGUUUGGUGUUUAAACAUUUUCUCACAUGUGGAGACAAUGAGAAGGAAUGGAAGCAAGGCAAAAGAAAAGCAGAGUGUGAUAAGCUUGUUGGUGCUUCUUUCUUCAUGACAGUGGACUGUCCACCACAAAAAUUAGAACUGCUGGCAGUUGAAAAUAGAAUGGAACAGUUUGGACGGUUUAUAAAAAAUAUGGAUGAGAGUGUCAAGGCGAUUCAAGAGCGAGGUCAAGUGCACUGUGAAAAGUGUCAAGGAUCUUACAGGAAUGAAUAUAAGAAAAUUGGUAGUACUUUUGGAUCUCUCAGCGCAGCUUUUGCAGUUGAUGUAGAUUCAGAAAGCUCAAGUCAAUUAACACAAGCAGUCGAACACACAGGAAAAACAUAUGAUGAUAUUGGAGAAAUGAUUGCUGACCAGCCAAAGAAUGACUUUAUACCAUUGAUCGAAGGACUCAAAGAGUAUUCAGGGAUGCUGAGCACAUAUCCAGAUGUAUUACAAGUUCACAAGGGCACAAUUGGCAAAGUAAAAGAGUGUCAGAGACUUAAGGAUGAGGAAAAAAUGGAGGAUUCUACAUUUGAAGAGAUCAAAGCACGUGCUGACACCAUAACAAAUGUAUCAUUUGCUGAAAUGAGUCAUUUUCAUGAUCAGAAAGUUUCAGACUUCAAAAACAUGAUGCAGCAUUUUCUUCAAGAACAAAUAAGCUAUCACCACCGGGUAAUACAAAAGCUAGAAGACUCCUUGCGGAUGUAUGAUCACAUUCAAUAACUCAAUUUCCCAGAAAUCAGCAUUUCACUUAAGUUGAAGAUGCAUGCAUUUUUAUAUCAACAGUAGGCUUAACAAAAUAAUAUGGAAUUACAAAAACUCAUCUUUUUAACCUAACAAAUAUUAUGAUGAGAAAGAACUUGUCUGUUGAUAUGUUGAGAAGAUUUUUGCGAUACAGGCAAGAGCAUUUUAGUCAUGUAUUAAAAUUAAUUCUAUUUUCAAUCAGUAAUAUGUUAACUAACAGAGAUAAUUAUGCCGUCUAGUUUGCCAGAGUUCUUUCUUAAGGUUACCGUUUUUAAAACUCACUCUGUAUCAAAGUAUCAAAGCAGUAACGAUUUCAUCUUUCUUGACACAGUGUUAUAAAUCAUGGGCGCUUGAAAAUUGCUGCAUAUUUAGGGGAAAGGAGGUGACUUAAGAAUUCAAUGCAAUAUUUUAUUAUGAAAUAUGAAUGCAAAGCACAAAAGAGUUCAAGGACGGAUUCUUCUUUUCAAAACAAUUAUUCAACAAUAAAACUUGUUAAUUUUGUUA